CUAGUUUGCCGCUUUUGAAAUGGCUACGUAAAGUUAAGAGCAGAACUAUAAGCACUAAAUAAAUAAAUACAUGUUUAAAUAAAUAUCAUGCAGAUCUGCAAUGGCUACAUAAUGUUAAGAGAAGAACUCUUAUAAACAUUUAGAAACUAUUAUAAACACUUGUGCUUUCAGCUUUCUUCCCUCCUUUCCUCUGACUCACACACACACACUCACACACCCCUCCCUCUCUCUCUCUCUCUCUCUCUCUCUCUCUCGAGCUCACCUCUAGCCCUCUCUCUCUCUCUGCACUUUCACACACUCCCCCUCUUUACUCUGAGGUUGUGUGGACCACUUUUGCUGUCUGUAUAUGUUCCUGCUGGAGUAAAGGCGAAAGAAGACCAACAGUCAGACAGCAUAAAGCAGUGGACUGAUCAUCACAGCGUCAUCAUGUACAGUUUCAGCUUCCUACUGGUGCUAGUGUGUCUACAGGUUUGUGUCCCCUUUGUCUUUGGAGCACCAACUCAAUGCCCAAGCCAGUGCCACUGCCAUGGGGACCUGCAACAUGUUAUCUGUGACAACGUUGGGCUGAAGAAGAUCCCCCGCAUAUCCGAGGCCACUCGUCUUCUAAACCUGCAACGCAACAACCUGGGAAAUCUCCCAACCGGGGGCUUCAGCGAGAUGAAGGGGCUCAUUUCCCUGCACCUGCAGCACUGUCAGAUCCGAGAGAUCUCCAGCCAGGCUUUCAAAGGACUGAAGAAGCUCAUCUACCUCUACUUGUCUAACAAUGAGAUCAGCACCAUCAAACCAGGCGCUUUUGACGACCUGACCGAACUGACCUAUCUCUACUUGGACGGUAACCAAAUUACGAGCCUUCCAAAGGGCAUCUUCUCUCCUAUGAUCAACCUGUUUAUCCUGCAGCUCGACAACAACAAGCUUCGAGAGCUGCAGCCUGGUACUUUCACAGGUGCUAGCGAUCUCCGAUGGCUUUAUAUGAGUGGCAAUGAGUUGAGCUCCAUUCAGCCUGGUUCUUUUGAUGAAGUGGAGAACCUGGCCAUUCUAACUCUGGACCGUAACAAGCUGUCUACCUACCCUCUCCUGGCUAUGAGCAAGCUGCGUGUUGUGGAGGAACUCAACUUGUCCAAAAACCCUCUCAUCCUCAUGCCUGACCAUGCUUUCCGGAGCUUUGGCCGUUAUAUGGAGAAGCUCCAUCUAAAUGACAUGAGCCUGGAGAAGUUUUCCAGUGCUGCCUUUGAGGGAGUGACGGCUCUCAAAUCUCUGCAUCUUGAGAACAACAAGCUAAAAUCACUUCCGAGCAGCCUUGAGUUCAGCACCCUCCAGAACAUCACUCUGUUUAACAACCCCUGGAGCUGCACCUGCCAGUUAGCAAACCUCAGAAAAUGGAUGGACACUAGUCGCCAUCGCCCUGAUGCAGUUUGCGCCUCUCCUGGAAGCCAGAAAGGAAAGCAAAUAAAAGACAGCACUGCUUUCAGUCGCUGCAAGGCAAAGACAAAGAGGGCCAGGAAGGGAGCACGGCUUUGAGAUGGAGGACAGGGAGAAGAGGCCUGUCCAGGUGUCGGGACUUCAAUGUGCAGAAAAGAAAAGCAAUGCAGACUGCUACAAUGGGACUGUCCAUAUCCUCUUUCACUCAUUUUUUUUGUGUGACAUAUAGAUGCGCUGACUCAAUUCAUAAUGAUUAACAUGAAUAGCAUAAAUAUGUGUUCACAGACAUUGACAAACACCCUGAAGGAGAAACUGUGUGAGUUUGCAAAGAUGUACACCUCAAAUGAAAUACGACUCAAACUCUCAGUGUUCACUGUUAUGGUAACGUAUAUGCUAACUCACACAAGAACUAGAAGAACUAGAACUAGAACCUACACUAUAGUAAAAAUCAAGAGUACUAACAGGAAUACUCUUCUCCAUAAAAUGAGAAUCGGUAGAAUAGAUUUGCAUUGAUUAGCAUUUACUUAGAGACUCAGCAGUACCUUAUUGAAGUAUAAAUGUUCACAGGUAAUUCUUCAAGGUUGUAUUUUCUCUCUCUCUCUCUCUCUCUCUCAGAUUUCAGCAUAUUUUUUUAAACCUUUGAGUAAAUCAAACCAAAUGGCCACUGUAGAAUGAAUCUUGGCUAUUCUACUGAUUCUAAUUUUAUGGUCUUCACAGCAUACUCCCAAUAUGAGGGUUAGAAGCACUUAAAAUUAGAGUUAAAAUCACAACAGAGCUCUUCAUGAGGAUUCUCUUUCAACAUUUUGAGUUCAUUCUUAGCUUUAAACAUCUCACAACGUCCUGCUAGGAAUUUCCGAGGCUUUGCAAACAUAACAAACCUUGACUGUGGCUAAAGCUGACACAUUCAAGAUGUGAGAGGACCUGACCUCUUCUUUACAUCUCUGACCAAAGUCAAACGCAACACAGGCCAGGAAAACAUGGACUCGUUAUAGCCAUGAAAAUGGUAAAUGAGACAGUGUAACGACUGUGUAAGGAAUAACACAGCUAGUCAUUAUCACACAGUUAAUCCAGACAGGAUGAUCAGGAUUGGUUCCCAAAUAUAAGGAUUAGCCAAUAAGAAUGCUGUGCCUGACCAAUCAAAAUCAAGAAAUGACACAAGUGAUGGUGGUGCCAGAAGAAGAGGAUUUACGAAGAGCAGGUAAAAUGAAAAAAUUGAGACAAAUGGAGGUUUUCCAGUCUAAUGUAAUCAAUUUGUUACUGUGAUGUACUCAUACUCAAUAAAAGACAUAAAGCACCACUAUAGUAAUGGUUUCUUAAGAGAAUGAAAACUGGAUGCACUA